AUGUCAGACCAGGAUCCUCUCAGCGGACCUGGGCCGUGGGAGUUAUCGUCAUCGGCGCUUAUUUACACGCCUGUCUUGAACUCAAAUGAAGUUUCGAACAUCUACGUGGUACCCGAGCAAGAGGGUACAUCCCCUAGUAGCACAGGCUCUACACCAGCCAUAGUCUUUAAUGGAAACUUGCUAUUUUGGACCAGUAGCGACCCUCGUGAAACGGCAAUCUGGGGCAAGGAAGUUGUAUACGAUACCAACCAAGGAUUCCAUAUCCAAAGGAAAAUCGAAUACUCAAUAACUACUCCUGCGGGAUACUCGGUGCAAACAAAAUCGUUUAUUCGACCAGGUCAUGAUGGGCCUUCUGCUGAAUUUUGGUGGGCAAGCCUUACACAACUUGGAUUAUGUGUGUCCAAUGACACCCAAAUCCCAAUGGCUCAUUUCCUCCGCGAGGGGUCAACAUCAGACUGCUCACGAUUCUACAUCCCUGGGGAUGGACGUUGCUUCGAGUGGUGCCGCAGCACACUCCAGCCGCUAACUUUCGCCUUAUACGAAGUCCCCUCUGGGAAGGCUUGUGCCGAAUUCAUAGGCGGCCCUUUUGAAACUGAUGAUCUAUACCCGUACAUGCAAUACCACUGGUCGCAUGACGACACUCUCCUUUUAUUUGCCGUCAUCAGCAUAACAAUUCGUCGGUGGAUGGACCUUCAUAAGGCAUGA